AUGUCUCUCAGCAAGAAUGAGAUAAUAAACCUUGAUGUUGGAUUCACAGAGCAGAGACUUGACUCUCUGUACUCUGAUCUUGGACUCUUAAGGGAGCAGAAUGAAAUUGGAUAUGAGUUCAACCUCAAAGCUUGGAAACGCUUAAUUAUACACUUGAUGGAUAAUGGCUAUUUUGACCAAAAAAUUGUGAUUAACGGCAAAAAAUUGGAAGAAAAAGUGACCAUUCCAGGAUAUCUCAAGCCACGCCUUGAUCUGGUAAUCAACGAACUGUACAAGGAUGGAGAACUAGUAAGAUUGGAUGACUUCAAGAACUCACUUAACGGUGGUAGCUUGUUUCUACCUAUUUUCCAGUGGAUCAGUAACCGGAGUUUUAACAGUGGAGAUUCAAAUCAUAGGCUUAAGGAUAUUGACUACUUGGACUUCGAGCAGUUAAAAAAGUAUACUGAAAACGUAGCAAGCUUACUAGAGAAACACAGAGAUCACUAUACCGAUAGAGUGGUUCACAAGGACUCGCUAGUCCAGAGAUUCAGCCAUAAAUUUUGUAAAGAAGAUUUCGAAUUGAUACUUCUUUUUUUGAGCAAAGAAAAGAAACUUCUGCAAAUUGAAGGUGAGGUGGUAAAGUUUGGAGAUACUCCAAUUGAUGAAUCUGAUAUAGCUAUAGUGUCUCUGAAAAAAAGUGCUGAUCAAAUGGAAACUGAAUUAAACUAUCUUAAUGAAAGAUUGGAAGUCACAACUACUAAUGCGAAAACAUAUUUGAAAAAUGGUAACAAAAUCAUGGCCAAAUCUUGCUUGAAAAUCAAAAAACUGGUGGAGUUGAACAUAGAACGAACUAGUAGCAAUUUCUACAAAGUUUCCGAACUACUCAAUAGUAUUAAUCAUGCGAAGAAUAACUUGGCUGUUGUCAAUACCUUAGAGUCAAGCCAUUAUAUAUUGAAACAGCUCAACGGAGAAGUCGGUGAAUUGAACCACGUUCAUGAGUUGAUGGAGGCUAUUAGCAACGAGACAGCCAAGGUUGAUCAAGUAUCUGAACUUUUGGGAGAGGCUUCUAAUGAUGUUGACAUUGAUGACGAAUAUGAGAAACUACUGAAAGAACAGACAGAAAAGGAUAACCUUGAGGACGAGCGUUUGACUGAAAGAUUGAAGAACCUAAAAACUUCAGAGAGUCAAGAGAAAGAGAAAACGAAACAGCCGGUAGACCAGCCAGAGAGAUACAACCAAAAGAUUCUCAAUUAG